UCAAGUGUUGAUUCAAGUCGCACUUUCGUACUUGGUAAAAGAUGAAAGAACAAAUGAAAUGUCUAUGACUCGUUGAUACAUUACCAACGUGCACAUCGCUUCGCGAGAAUAAUGAAACGAAGGAUUUACCUGCGCCGCAAGGCUGCAUGGGAACGAGAUGAUCCGGAAGAAACCUUCAGCGUAGACUCUGCCAAAAGCCAAAACGCUGGGAAUAAUCCAAAUGCUAGUGGACAACCCGACCUUGUGAUUCCCACGUUCCUGGCUAAUGUGUUACAACAGAUAGCCAAUGAACCAAUGUAUCAACCACCUCCACCACUGCCACCUCGUGUGAUAACCUUCAAAACGCUAAGGGAUAACGGUGUAGAAUUAUUCCUUGGGGAUCGCAUCGAUGAACUCCAAAUUGCAUGGGACUGGAUCGAGCAGACUGCUCGAGUGUUGGAAGACCUUAGCGUACCCAUCGGCAAAUAUCCCAGAUUGGCUUCACAAUUGCUUCGCCAGGAAGCCUACGAAUGGUGGAAAAGAACCGACGAGAGUGCGGAAACCCCUAAGCCGUGGACUUGGGCACAUUUUGAGUGGGCAUUCAAACAAGAGUAUAUUCCUAAACGAUUUAGCGAAGAUAGACGUAAGCAAUUUGUUGAACUGCAACAGGGAGAUAUGACACUCCUCGAAUAUCGCCAACUCUGGGUGUUACACCGAGCUACUGAAUGGUUCAACAAGCUUCGCCCAGGAAGCAUUGAUUCGUUCAGCGACUUGGCCUCAAAAUUCAAGGCCAAGUUACAGGAGAAUUGUACAAAGAGGAAGAAGUUCACAUAUCUUAAUACAGCCGGUCAGAGGGAAUCUGAGAACCUCACUCAAUUCCUUACCCGGUGGAAAGAAGAAGUGGACAAGGUUGAAGAGAUGGAUGACAAGAUAGUCUUGUCUCUCCUCUUGAAUGGCUUACGUGCUGGGGAACUAUACAAGGAGUUCUGCCGGAAACCCCCGGCCACGUAUCAAGAAGCCAACCACACGGCAUGGGAAUUCGCGGACGCUGAAACCCAACUCCGGGCAAAGAAAGAGGCUGAGUACGGGUUCAAGCCCAAGCUAGUGCAAAUCAAGAAGGAAGAGGCACCAAGACCUAGCCGGCCGAGGCAUCAUUAUGACCCGGUCAUCCGUGUGGUCAAUACUGAAGAGUGCCAGGAAAUAAGGAAAGCACCAGUCAAUCCUCCGGUAAAUCCUACCGGUUCCACAGGAGACACCGUGAAAGCUGAAGGGUCAAUAGUCUUACCGGUCGAACUAGGGUCGGGAGAUAAGACCGUAUGGAAAAAGAUGCGGUUCAUCGUUGUGGACAUCAAAUGCGUCCAUGACGCAAUUCUGGGAAGACCGGGCAUCAACAAAGUGUGGGCGGUAAUUUCCAUGCCCCACCUAUGCAUGAAAUUCCACACACCGGGUGGUGUGGGAGAAGUUCGGAGCGACCAGAGGAAUGCCCGUGAGUGUUAUGCCCGGGCGGUGAAGAAGAUGACGAAGGGGGUCAACGUCAUCUCCCAAGAAAUCACAAAGGGAGAGACCCGGGAGAAACUGGAGCCCGAGGCUGAGACGGUGGAGAUCGAACUCCACCCGGGUGAUCCUUCAAGGAUGGUCAGAAUUGGAGCAAAUCUCCCAGAGGACCUUAAGGUGGAGAUAACCCAGUUGGCAGUGAGGGAUGGAAGUCGACCGGUACGCCAGAAGAAGAGGUACCUAGCCAGCGAGCGUCAAGACUUCGUCCGCAAGGAGGUAAAGGACCUCCUCAGCGUUGGUCACAUCCGGGAAGUCAAAUACCCGGAUUGUCUUGCGAAAUUCAACAUUGAGUACUGGCCAAGAUCUGCAAUCAAAGGACAAGCCCUUGCAGAUUUUCUGGUGGAAAUGACCGGUCUAACUCCACACUUGCCGGUCAAUCAACCUAUCGAGCAAUGGUGGGAGAUGGCCGUAGAUGGGGAGUCUGGUCCUAAAGGGUACGGGGGUGGCAUAGUGUUUACCACUCCAGAAGGAUUCAAGAUCUACCAUGCGCUCGUCUUCAACUUCAAAUUGACAAACAAUGAAGUAGAAUAUGAAGCUCUUGCUGGAGGACUUCGACUCGCACAAGCACUUAAAAUCAACCGGGUCAAUAUAAUAUCUGACUCUAAUAUGAUUGUUGGGCAAGUGACCGGCAACAUGGAAUCAAGGGAAGGACGAAUGGCGCAGUACAAGGAUAUGGUGCUAGCCUUGUUGAAGGGCUUCGUAGAAUUCGAGAUCGACCAGAUUCCCCGGGCAAAAAACGCAGAUGCACACCUUCUCUCCAAAUUGACGCAGUAUGCCCUCGAACAUGUUUCAAAACUUGCUCGGGUGGAAAUUCUUGACCGUGCUAGCAUCGAGAAACUAGAAGCCGCCACUAUCGAGGGACAACUUGACCAGUCAACCUCCAACACGGUUAGAGUAGACGAUCACUGGAUGGACGAUCUUUUAAAAUACUUGACAGACAGAAGCUUACCAGCACAAGAUGACCGGGUGCGAAAAGUCAAGCUCAGGGCACCUCGGUUCCAAGUCAUUGGCGGGAUGCUAUAUAAAAGGGCAUUCGGGGGACCACUCUUGCGAUGCCUGACCAACCGGGAGGCUGAAAGAGUCAUCGCGGAAGUCCAUGAAAGGGUGUGCACGGCACAUCAAAUGUCCCGUACUCUAUCCCAGCGCAUCAUCCUGUUGGGGUAUUAUUGGCCAACAAUAGUCCAGGACUGUGAGAGAUACGUUCAAAAGUGCAGAACAUGCCAAGUCUUCUACAAAUAUCCUGGUAGAUCGGCAAACUACUAUCAUCCCGUGUCGAACGUCAUCUCAUUUGCUAGAUUCGGAGUUGAUAUCAUCGGAGCGUUCCCAAUAGCUUAAGGAAGGAAAAAGUUCGUAAUCGUAGCCAUCGAUUAUU